GCUGUUUCUUGCGCUGUACAUGUACGACUCUCAAUCAUUGUUGCUGUAUAGAAAGAAAUACCACCGUGCCUGUCACUUACUUCCCUCGACUACUAGCGUGGAGUGACGCAGCUCUUCUUACGAAACUUCUCGAAUCCCACCGACCGCCUUAUCCGAAGGUUUCAGGACUCUGCGGGGAACCCGUCAGUUACGUGACCAGAUACACAACCAAACCCAUAGUCUCAAUCCUUUUCUUUUUCGACCCCUACCAUGUCCUCCGCUGUCGUGCAUAGCGACGACCUCAUGGAGCCCACGCUCCAGUCGGUCGUCAACCAGAAAACCUUGCGCUGGAUCUUCGUCGGUGGUAAGGGAGGUGUCGGCAAGACUACGACCUCCUGCUCGCUUGCGAUUCAGCUGGCUAAAGUCCGCAAGUCUGUUCUGCUUAUCUCCACCGACCCCGCGCACAACCUGAGCGAUGCCUUUGGACAGAAGUUUGGAAAGGAGGCUCGACUGGUCGAUGGCUAUACCAAUUUGAGCGCCAUGGAGAUCGACCCCAAUGGCAGUAUCCAGGACCUUUUGGCUACUGGUGAAGGCCAGGGAGAUGAUCCGUUGUCCGGGAUGGGUGUGGGCGGCAUGAUGCAGGAUCUAGCUUUCAGCAUCCCCGGUGUUGACGAAGCCAUGUCCUUCGCGGAGGUCUUGAAGCAAGUCAAGUCCCUGUCCUACGAGGUGAUCGUUUUCGACACUGCGCCCACCGGCCACACUCUCCGCUUCCUCCAAUUCCCUACCGUCCUCGAGAAGGCUCUCGCGAAGCUGUCGCAGCUGUCCUCCCAGUUCGGCCCUAUGCUCAACUCUAUUCUGGGCUCCCGUGGAGGUUUGCCCGGCGGUCAGAACCUCGACGAACUGUUGCAGAAGAUGGAGUCUCUCCGGGAGACGAUCAGCGAGGUGAACUCCCAGUUCAAGGAUGCCGACCUUACCACCUUCGUCUGCGUCUGCAUCGCUGAGUUCCUGUCGUUGUACGAAACCGAGCGCAUGAUCCAGGAGUUGACCAGCUACAACAUCGACACCCAUGCUAUCGUCGUCAACCAACUGUUAUUCCCUACGCAGAGCAGCGCGUGCGAACAGUGUAACGCACGCCGAAAGAUGCAGAAGAAGUACCUUGAGCAGAUCGAGGAACUCUACGAGGACUUCAACGUUGUCCAGAUGCCUUUGUUGGUUGAGGAAGUAAGAGGCAAGGAGAAGCUUGAGAAGUAUGUGAUGACCCAGCAGUGUCCGAGUAGCUCAGGCACACUAAACGUCGGUGCUAAUUCAUGAAACAGGUUUAGCGACAUGCUUGUGAACCCAUAUGUUCCCCCGGAGGGCAACUAACGGAUGCGGGACGAUUCUUUGCAUGAUAUUUUGUUGCAAGUAUGCCUUUUGUCUGGAUGAGUCACGAAAAGAUCAUAGACAGUAAUGCAAGAAGCGUUUUGGUGAUUCUGAAUAUUAAUUUUACCUUCUUGAGCUGGGG